CGACGACGCUCGCACGUGAGCACGUCGCCGCGGCAGCGAGAUGAGAGACGUGUGACCGAGGAGCCGAUCGGUAGCAGCAUGGCCAGCAGCACGGAGGACUACGGUUCCGAGCUGCAGGAGCUGCAGUGGGGUGGCGGCACCACCGGCACGCACUUCACUACUUUGCGUGGGACCGGUGGCGGUUCUCACUACCUGCGGAGCGGCACCGGCGGCUGUUACGAGGCCGAGGAUCUCGAGACCGCGAGCACCGGUCGCCACCAUGGCGGCCAGCAUCGCGGUUACUACAGCCCGCCCGGAACCAAUUACACCAUCGUCGAGCGACCGCCCAGCGCGCCACAUCAUCAUUCAUCACACGCGACUCCCUAUAGAUCGCAUCGAGGCCACGGAGCUGCCGGCACCGGUGCCAUCUCCCCGGAACAGGUGCUCAGGCUAUUCGGCAGCAGCGUCUCGGAGCGACGUCAGACCGAUCGUAGAUCACCGGCGUCGAGUCCCGCGAGCGUCACGACGGUACGCGGCACACCGACCUCGUCCGGCUCGCAGCAGCAGCAGCAGCAACAGCAACAGCAAUCGCAGCAGUCGCAGCAACAGCAGCAGCAGCAGCAGCAGCAAUCGCCGGGGAACCCGCCCACAUCGCCGAUCGCUCAGCCGCUCAGUCUUCAAGAGCUCACCGUAAGGACAAUCACCAUGACGAGAGAUCCGCCGGACUCUCACCAUGGCUUUGGCAUCUGCGUGAAGGGUGGCAAGGACGCAGGUGAGAUCCGAAAUACCUUCAGGCUACCCCCGUCGCCGUACUUCGUGCCUCGAGAACGAGGGGUGGGCGUCUACAUCUCGAGGGUGGAAGAAGGUUCGGUGGCUGAACGCGCUGGACUCAGGCCAGGUGACACCAUCCUGGAGGUGAACGGCACGCCCUUCCGCGCGGUUACCCACGAGGAGGCUCUCAAAAUGCUAAAGUCCUGCAGAACCCUUAGCAUGACGGUACGCGGGCCUGCGUUGGAUCCCCGCUGCCGUGCACAUCCCGUGUGGCAGUCGUCGGGUCGUCCGAAUUCUUGCAGCUGGAUGGAUCGCCAGGGUCGUCCGGCGUCUCCGCCGCCUCAACAUCCACCCCGUGAUUCCCGUUACGGACCAAGAACACGGAAGGUCGAGCUCUGCAUCGAACCCGGCCAGUCUCUGGGUCUGAUGAUCCGGGGUGGUCUCGAAUACGGCCUCGGUAUCUACGUGACGGGCGUCGAUAAGGACAGCGUUGCCGAUCGCGCCGGUCUUCUCGUAGGCGAUCAGAUUAUCGAAGUGAACGGACAGAACUUCGAGGAGGCGACGCACGACGAAGCGGUCCAGAUUCUCAAGACCAACAAGAGAAUGAGCUUGCUAAUACGCGACGUCGGCAAAGUGCCUCAUUCGUGCACCACCAGCCAGCCAAUAGUGAUCCCGACUUCUCGUUAUCCCGAUCACGAUCCUCUGCUCUUGGACAGUCCGCCGAAUCAUCGUCCACCGAGUCCCGCCACGAAUGAGUGGCGACACAGAAGUCACACAAUUUCGGCAGCAACCGCUGCCAUGGUGGAGGAGAAGGCCAGGGUUGUUCUCGCCAGAAGCGAGCGAGCGGCGCUCUCGCAGCUCCUUGCGGACUACAGAUCGAGGAGGAUAACCAUAGAGGAGCUGGUCAUCAGUUUGGGCGAUCUGCUCAACACUCACGAAAAGCUGACGUUGCUGACGGAACUCAGGGAGCUCGUCGACAACAAGGACAGACCGGCCUUCGACGAUCUCGUCUAUCGACCCCGAGUCGCGAUGGCGAGGAGAAAAGGCGACCGCGCUCAUUCGGACUUAAUAGUAACUCCUUCGUUGCACGAUCUUCCGAGGGGUGUGUCCGGUGGUGGUUGUUGCCGUCCGGGACGACUGGUGGACGUCGAGGGAGACCCACUGGGAGUGACGGGACCACUUCUGCCGCGGGAUAGCCAGGAGUAUAGGUCGCCGAGCGAGGACAGCGGUCUCGGGGCCGACAUGCCCAGGACCAGAGUGGGCUGCAGGAGGGCGCAGCAGCACCAAGUGACGACCUCCGACCUCGCCCUCUCCAACGAUGACGAGUGCGACAAUCAGGAUUACGACGACGAAAUCGAGAACGGACGAGGUCGUAGACACAGUUCCCCGGGUGGUUCGCGGGGUAACCCCAGAGAUUACAGCCACCACUUGCAUCCGGACAAUUUGGAGCUCGCGCACAAGCUAUCGCGGAGCUUCGACAUGCAGGAGGCACAGCUGCUGGAGGAAGGCGGUUCCGGCGGCGGGCCCGCCGGCGGUGGAACCGCGGGAGGUCCCCCGCGGCGGCAUCACAGCGUGCAGCGGUUGACGCGCAGCGAGAUGUCGGAGCGCAGGGAGGAAGACGGCGCCCUGGUGGUGCCCGAUCAUCAGGGCAACCUGCGCAUCACCGUCAAGAAAACCAAGUCGACCCUCGGCAUCGCGAUAGAGGGUGGCGCCAAUACCAAACACCCACUGCCCCGAAUCAUCAACAUACACGACAACGGAGCAGCUUAUGAAGCUGGCGGUCUUGAAGUCGGCCAGCUCAUCCUCGAGGUCGACGGUCAGAAAGUUGAAGGACUUCAUCAUCAGGAAGUCGCGCGACUGAUUGCCGAGUCGUUCGCGCGCCGCGAUCGUAACGAGAUUGAGUUUCUGGUCGUGGAGGCGAAGAAGAGCAAUCUGGAGCCGAAGCCGACGGCGCUCAUAUUCCUGGAGGCGUAGCAGGAAUCUCCCACCUCCGAGCCGGAACCACCAUAGCCCGAUCUGAUCGGAGCUCGGCCCGGAACAGUCUUGGAACUCAAACGUUAUCGUUAAGACUAUUCCGAUCGAGAACUUCGACUCGCAACAAUCCCUUCGAGUUCUCGAACGGCCGAGCUGUCGAUCAGUCGCUAAUUCGAUUACCCUGGCCCUGGUGGUGGGAAAUUUCACUUCACUCACGUUAAUGAAAACAAGAAACAACAUCAUGUCGGAAGACACACAAAAGAGAGAAAAACUGAAGACGCUGAGGUCCGGACCGGCAUUGUCAGAUUCCGACAAACACAGAUCUUCAAAAGAAGAUCUCUUUUCACGAUGAAAAUCACAAACCGCGCCACAAAUAAAAGAUUCGUCGCACAGGUUUUUUUUUCCGGAAAGUUCCUGAACUCUUUUGCGCUGAACGUAGCGACGCGUUUGAACUUUCCUUUCCCCGCGGCUUUGGCUCGGAAAUCGUCGCGUGCGAAUCGACGUGAAACUGCCCCGCAAACACAAGUUACUUUACUUGUACAUAUAUAAACAUACUGCUGUAUAUAUAUAUACAUAUAUAUAUAUAUAUAACUCAUGUGACAGACAGUUCGAUAGGAAGCAGCAAGUACUUAGUCGAAUCAUUCGGGACAGCAAAUUCCGAAGCUUGCGGAGGCAACGCCGGUCCUGGAUUUCGAUACGGAAACUGUUCGACAAAUAAACGAUAAAUUGCGCGAUAAUUAAUUCGUCGUUGUGACCGCGUGGACACACACAGAGCGAGAGAUGCAGGUUCAUCGACUUUCAAAAGAAGACGCGAAACGAGAAGGAAGCUCGAAAAUAGAAGAAAAAGAGAGAGAGAGAGACAUAUAUUGUAUAUUUUUCAUUGUUAACGUCUCACGUCGGUCGCCUUGAAGAUUAAAAAAUUACGAAGGGAUGAUCGUGCAAUGUGCCAAACUAAUUACCGACUAACGCGCAUACGUAUUUUACGUAUAUCAAUAAAAGCUGGUGAUAAGAAACUGAUUUGAGGGGAGGAGAAAAGUGUGAACAUCCUCUCUCAUUUUUUCGCGCGCAAUCGACGAAUUGCGCAAGAAGAAAAAAUACGACGAGAGUGUGUGACUGCGUGAACGAUUACCUCACACUCACAUAAACACACGUGUGUCAUGUUCAAACACGGAUUAUUAUUAUUAUUAUUAUAUUAUAUACUUCGCGUGAGAGCCGAAUCUUUUCUUCGACUCGAACUGUGGGAUUAAUCGCGCCGUUGAUUGAUUAUAUAUGAGAAAAUUAUAUCGAAGAGGUAUCCGAAAAAACGGAAGGACGUAGGUUCAUCGUUCCUCAUCGGAAGUUUGAUAGAAAUUUAAUCAAUGUCUCAAUAGAUGUAUAAAAACAUAAAUUAAAGUAAAAUAUAAAAUUUGUAUAUAAAGUAUAAUAUUUUUUAGGAAGAUACAAGUUUUUGCGACAAAGACUCGAGUUAAAAGAUCUCAAAACACGUUUCGCGUAAUUUUUGCGUAUGUAAUUUAUCUAAACAUAAUGUAAUUUCUUGUCUUUUGCUCGAUAUCGACCUUUCCAUUUUCAUUUUUAUUUAACACACUUUUAGUAGUUUGAAAAUCUCAAUAUUACUUAGAUUUAGGAAAAGGCUUCAAGUAAAAUCUUUCGUUUUUGUUUUUAUUCGAAAUUCGAAAAAAGAUAAUUUAUCUUUAAAAAAAAAAAACAAAAAAAGAACUAUGAGAGACGAUUAUGGACCUAUGGCCUCUUUCGUCUUCCGGAGAACAAUCACACGUUGAUCAAGAUUCUCGUUAAUUCGAAUGAUUUAGGUGUGCCGUUCGGCUGGUCCUCGAAAUCGCGCCUAAUAUGUAUUACCGCUUAAAUAGUCUGUUAAAUGUUAUUGUAUAGAAAUCGACGUAGUUGACAUAGUAGAUAGACGUUGAUCGGACGUCACUAGGACGCCACGUGUUGUUCGUUUAAUUGUGUUGUCAGUUGUGUGUUAGAGAGUUUUAAAAAAAACCCCUCUUGCGGGCUUGGCGAUCUAUUGGCGAGAUAUGUGCAUACCGAUUUUUCACAAUUUAUCUAUGCCUCACCUCUCUCGGAUGCGCAAUUACUGACUUUAUCUCUCUGAUUUUUGUGUUAUCUUUAUCUUACGUAAAGUAUAUUUGAUAUUUAAAUGUGAAAAUUAUAAAAAUUUUUUGUUCUUAAAAUUAAAUGGCAAUUAAAACGAUUUGGAAUUGUUAAACUAUCAAAUCGAAAAAAAAAAAAUUUACGUGUCCAAAAUGCGGCAAACAUAUUGCAAACCUCCCCGAGAGAGAGUUGAAUAACGAUAAUAUUUUUUCGACUGUGUCGAGUAUGUAGCCGAAGUGCGUCGAUGAUCGUCAUUCGGGACGGGAAUUAACGACGAUCUUGACCGAGAUCGAGGCGAUUUGUUACACCGCGUAUAUUGUUGAGGCUUACAAAAGUAUAUUGCGUACACACUAUGUACACAUAUUUAUACAUAUAUACGUGUAAGAAUUAUGGCAACCAAAAGAGAAAAAGAUUGCCGUAGUAGAAAAGAAAUAUCGUAUCUAUCACGGGCGCCACGCGUCUCGCAAAAAAAGAUACAAUUUAAAAAAAAAACGAGUAAAUAAAACAUAUAAUACAAACAAAAAGUGUAUGUGUGUGUGUACGCACGGUAUUUUCAAAGAAAAAAACAUUAUAUAAACUUAGUGGUGCGUACAUACAAGUAAGGCUUGAUCGAAAGUUUUUUUCGAGUUCGACAACAAGCGACGGAAAAUCGCGGAGGAUUUUUCGAUCGAGGACACGUCUCUUAUUACAGCGUCGAUGAAAAAUUAAACAAACAAAUUUCGCAAUACGUUUUUUACGUGCGUGAAUUGCAAAAAAAAACACUUGUUGCGUGUUAUUCAAAAUCCGAUGCUUUUCAAUCUUUUUUACGAAUUUUUUUAAACACGUUUUGUAACAUUCCGCGCAAUAAAAAGCAAAAAUCCGAGGCUUUGAAAUAGGGUUUUUUCUUUGUUAUUAAUUAUACGCGGUCAAUUGUGAGCAAGAAACCUUUUUCCUCGAAUUAGAGAAAAUAUAUCUACUCGUCGAAAGCUCUCAUCCUCAGCGAAAGUAUUGUUCCUUGUGUGUAUGCGUGAUUUCGACGAGUGGAUGCAUUUCACGAUAUGCUCGGACUGAAGAGUAUAAAAACCAAUGUUAAAAAUAGUUACUUUCGUAUAGAAAAAGAGACAUAGAAAGAAAGAGAGGAAGAGAGAGAGAGAGAGAGAGAGAGAGAGAAAAAGAGAGAAAGAAGAAUAAGCGAAGUAACACGUAAUUAAUAAGCGCAUCGCGAGUAUUUUAUAAUACGAUCAUACUACACGUCUGUCAAAGAUAACGAAAUUUGAUCGUCCGCGAUUUUUCCGAUUAAAAAAACUGAACAAAAAAACGUUAAAAAAAUGGUAUAGAAUAUAUACGCGUGCAAUUGUAUGAAUGCCAAAUUGAGCAAAGAAAACAAAUACUUACAGCAACCGGGCGAUUAAAUUCUUCACUGCAAGACAUGUAAUAGUCGAAAACGUCGUAUAAAUCUAUUAUUUGCACGAUAUUUAUGAGACCAUCGUCGUGUGUAGUGAAGAUUUAAUAGUCUAGUAACGAUAAUAAGAUUUCAGCAAAUGUGCCAAAAAGAAUUGCGCUUAAUCACACCGAUCAACGACUAUGACGGCUUCGGUUUGCGUCAAAAGAAGACAAAAAAAAAAAAAAAACGAACGAAGACAACAGGACGAGAAAGAUUUCCCGGAGCACAUUUGAAUAUUUUCUUCGCUUUUCUUUUGUAGCACGCACGGGAGCGCGACAAGUCAUGUGUUUGCAAAUCGCAAUGAGAAGAAAAAUAAUUUGAUGAGAAACAAGAGGAGAGAGAGGCCGCGCCCUUUUCCUUUUCUUUCGAACGAAAAAAAGAGAGAAAGAGAGAAAGAGAGAAGAAGAAGAUACUUAUCUUAUGGCAGAUCGAGCAAAUUUUAUCGAGAAUUGAAAUCUCAAAAAAAAAAAAAAUCGAAGAGACGCCGAGGAUUCAAAGGACGAGAGAAGAGACGAGACGGCUCGAGGAUUUUGGAAAGCGACGAGGGGAGAGGAUUGGCACUACGAUGGGACUUGACGAGAUAACAAAUAAGAUGAGAUAUUUUUGUAAAAGCUUUCGAUGUACCGCAAACCCAGAAACGUUUCCAAGAUCUCAGCUGACAUAUCCGACAAUGCCUUAUCGCUUUUAAAAAUCGAAUACUAUCGAAAAGAAAGAACGCUACGCGGAAAGAAAUAGAUUUAAUCGGGAACGUGAGACACCUGACACAUACACACGCACACACAAAGUACAUUUUUCCCGCUUCUGAGAUAAACGAGAGUAUACAUGUAUACAUGGAGUGACGCUUUCCAAACUAUUAAUAUUCGACUAUUUAACAAAUAAACUGCCGCGCGGCAGUUUCUAAUUACCCGAUGUCAUUUAUUUUUCGCACGUGCUUGAGCACGAAAUUUUCCCAAAUUCGCGAAAGUGCAGUUUCGUUUGCGCACUAAUUAAACGCGCGUGAUCGCAAAUCGAGACCCGAGCUCUCUCAUACACAAUCGGUUCUCCUUGACCGUCACUUUUCCCCGACGAGAAUCGAAACGAGAAUUCUAAUUUUUCUUGAAUUUUCUUCGCGAAGCGUUUUGUGCUGUGUUUUUUGCACGAAAGAUCGCACGAGAGAAUCCAAAUUCAAAAUAUGUGGAUUUGAACAUUGAAUGAUGUAACAAAUUGCGUAAUUUUGCAGCUCGCAAACUUAAACGAAGUAAUCACGUUAGUCUUUUCGACAGGAUAGAUAUAUAUAUAUAUAUACCAUAUAUAUAGUUUAACAAAUAUGUAAUACUCCCUGUACAAAAAUUCUAGGUAUCUCACGUGGCAUGAUGGCGUAAAUCGUUCGCAAAGUUGACUGGUAAACACCCGACGUUAAUUAAGCAACACCGCAGAACAACGCAAAAGUCUCGCGUAACUUCUAUACAACUAACUCCUAUUUAUUUAUUAUCAUAACUGAAAAUACAGAGAGAAAAAAAGAAAGAAAGGAGAAAGAUAAUAAACAAAAAAUAACACGCUAAAAAUAGCGACGCGUUGUUGUUUCGCGUUGUUGCGCGAACUCUCUGUUUUUUAAUUGUAUCGCAUUUUGACGCGCAAUUAUGCUUCUGCGACACACGAAAACGCGAUGGAAUUUGCUCAAACGUGUAACAAUAUACUCGCUGUACUUAACUUCAAAUCGCUCAUAUACGUUUGCUUGAAACAACAACAUGCCGUUUUUGUACCUGAAAAUGCUACAACUAUUUUCCAACAUUUUUUAAUCUUUUCUCACAUUUUUUAUCAAUGUGCUGUUGUAACACAAUAACAUGCGAUGACACGAGAGUUCGCGCGCGACACGAUGUAACGACGCGUCUCUGUUAUUAAAAAAAGAAAAUCAUAUACAAUACGCGAUCAGUGUAAUUGUAAUCGUAAGUUAUUAUACUGUACAUAUGCAAAAAAAAAGGCUCAUUCAAAACGCGUUUUCAUAGAUCAUCUCUUUUGUAGUCGAACUUGUACAUCUUGUACACAGAGAGAACUCACACGUAUAUACGACACACACACACACAUAUACAAAAGAUACAUGUAUCAUGAAAUCAGCGCGGUCUGGAUUGCGUUUGUUGAGUAAUUCAUUUUCAUCGUAUAAGCCUCGAAAUAAAAUGUGUUGACUACAAAACUAAAAAAAAAAAAAAACGAAUUAAUUCA